AGGGUACUACACUAGUACUGAAGACUCACAAAAAUUCAGGCGAGUAAAACUAAGAAGAAAAACCUUUUCCAGCCGAUUUGGGAACGGCACCUAACAGUAGACGAAAAGGGAAAAUUAAAAAUUAUUAUGGGGGAAUUAGCAAAGAGAGGAUGGCAGCAGUAUUUGUUACAACUUCAACAACAUCCUCUCAGAACCAAGGCUAUUACAGCAGGUGUCUUGGCAGGAAUAAGUGAUUCUGUAGCUCAGAAACUCUCUGGUAUACAGAACCUUCAACUGAAACGCCUUCUUUUUAAAGUGCUUUUUGGUUUUGCAUAUGGAGGUCCGUUUGGGCACUACUGGCAUAAACUAAUGGAAAAGAUUUUCAAGGGAAAGGACAAUAAAACAGUAGCCAAGAAGGUUCUGUUUGAACAGUUGACUUCUUCUCCUUGGAAUACUCUUCUUUUCCUGUUUUACUAUGGAUAUGUCGUUGAGGGAAGACCGUUGUCACAGGUUAAGACAAAAGUCAGGAAGGAUUAUCCGGCCUUGCAAUUGACAUCUUGGAUGUUUUGGCCGAUUGUUGGAUGGGUAAAUCACCAAUAUCUACCACUACAAUUCCGUGUUAUCUUUCACAGCUUUGUCGCAUGUUGCUGGGGAAUAUUUCUGAAUUUACGAGCGAGGACCAAGGCCAUAAACAAGUAAUCCUGUGGAAAUUCAAUAAGCAACUGAUACACAGACAAGAAAAAUGAAGCAAGAAGACCCAUAGCUAUCUUGAUACUGAAAUGCGAAAAGUAAUUUAAUAAAUGCGAAACAAAUUUGGCUUUUAUUGUUUGUAACCCACGACUUAACAUAUCCAUUUAUAAUCCCAGAGAUCCGAUUUAUUUAAGAGAA